CCAUGUCGUCACCGCACGUGCCCCCGUCUGACGUCACGGCCCGGGCCCCGCCCCUCGCCAUGGCGGCGCCCUGCGCGGAGAUGGAGCCGGCGGCGCCUCCUCCGUCCCCUCCUCCCACGGCCGCCGCCGCCGCGCCGGGCUCGGCCGGGCUCGUGUGCGCGCAGGGCCGCAACCUGCGGGCGGUGCUGUGCCAGCGCUGCGGCUCCCGGGUGCUGCUGCCCGGCGCCGCCACCUUCGCCCGCCGUGAGCUCCUCCUGCCCGCCAUGAGGAAGAAGGCGGCAGCGGCGGCGGCGGGCGGCGGCGGGGACGUGCUGCGGGAGCACUGGCUGGUGCGCGACAUGUUCUCCUUCGAGAACGUGGGAUUCACCCGCGACGUGGGCAACGUCAAGUUCCUGGUGUGCGCCGACUGCGAGGCGGGGCCCAUCGGCUGGCACUGCCUCGACGACAAGGACAGCUUCUACGUGGCGCUGGAGCGCGUGGCCCACGAGUGACACCGGCCGCGGGCCCCGGGCCGGGAGCUGGGCCCGACCGCGGGAGCUGCGACAGCUCCGGGCCGGGCAGCGCUGCGGACUGACCCGGCCCGGGGCACUGACCGCGGCUGGUCACCCCAGAGCCCGACUGACCGCAGCCUGCCUGCCCCGUGUCCUGGUGCCCCGUGGCCUGGCUGGUCACAGCUUGCCUGCCCCGCGGUGUGACUGACCCAUGGCCCAGCUGUCCCCCCACAUCCCAGAUCCAGCGUCAGGAACUGCAGCCCCGGCACAGCCAACCCCUCACCUGCACCCGCGUGGGAAGAGUGGUGGUGGUGGGAGGGUUUCCUGUAACCUGCAGGGACAGCUGGCCCUGGCAGUGUUGCCAAGUGGCCUGAUCUGCUCCUGCUUGACUACUCUGCCCCUUCCCUGGGGAUUACUGUUGCUCCCAGGGACUGAGGUGCCUCUCAGGCUGAUGGCCCUGUGACACCAUGUAAAUGGGGCACAGGGACAGGGCAGCGGGGGGACGGGACUGCUGCACUGAGUCAGCAGCUGAAAUUGUCUGACCUGCAGGCAGAGCAAUUCCCRUGUUUAAGGCUGAAUCUUCUGUUGAUUAUCAGAAGGAAUGUUCCCUGCCCCAAGCUCUAACAUUURUGUUCUCCAGAACCUCAUCCCACCUGACAGCUGUACUCUGAGAGGUACAGCACCCUGAAGGGAGUGUAAGGCAUUCCAGCUAACGCGUACAAUUCUAUUAACUGAGUACUGGAAGUAAAAUACAGGUAGAAUGUGCAGACAGCAUGGGCUGAUAGAACAGCAAAUACAGAAAAUGUGCCAGACCAUAGUAUCUUUAAGCAGCAAGAGUGAAGAGAUUCCAGCCUGAAAAGGAUUUGAAUCAUUGGACAGGCAGUGCUGAAGCUUGUCAGAACAGCCUUGUUUUGUGUGUGUUAAACAGAGAUGGCAGGAAGGAAUUUUCUCUUCUAUAAAAGCAGGUGCCAAGAGCAGUCUGGAAUAUUGUGACCUUUUAAAAACUGGGCACAAGCUGAUUAAAAGUAGAAGGAGGCUACAGCAGCCGUGGUUCUCACUGCAUUUAUCACUGCUGGUAAUCAUGGCCCAGUUCAUUCUCCAUUGCUAACCCCUGUAUGGGUGACAGAACAGCUCUCCAGGGAUGCUCUGGGGUCCCUGGUGCUGUGCCUUUCUGGCACAUGUCACUGUCCUCUGUUCGUAAACACAGCUGUGAAGGGACAGCUGUCACCAUGCUGGGAUGAUGGACUUGUUUGUGCCACCAAACUCAAGGUGCAAUGUAGGUGGGAAGAACCUUUCCCUUACCCCUCUAAUGAAACAAUUUUGCUGGCUGCAAAAGGAUUCUGCAAGGCAGGCAAAGCUUUGGAUGAGUCUCCAGAAGAGGCAUCCUGACAGUGUCAGAGGCAGGAACAAGUCCCUUCUUCCUGCACUGCUUGAGCACCUGCACUUUUAAGAUUUGGAGACUCUGCCUUAAUGUGGAACAACCCAGAUGYUGGCUGUUCUGGGUCUGCUCCAUCAGGAGCCUCUGCUAUAGGAUUUGUCAGGGGAAGGAGAGAGGCAGAGUUGUGGUCUGAGGGCUCAGGCUGGAGCAGGAGGCGAAUCCUGUGCUGUGUCCUUGAUAAAUGUGUUGGAGGCACAUUUGUCAUGGAAACUGCUUCUUCCCUCCUGCUUUUCCUGUCUCAGCCCUCAGCCCAGGCACAGCACAGGUUCAUCAAGGACAAGAAUCUCAAAGGACAAGAGAGCUUCAGCUGGCCUCUGCACAGGCAUGGCAGAAUGGUGGGAUCACGUCACAGAUUUCACACUUUCAUGUGGAUUGUUGUCUGUUAGGGGAUGUGUUCUGACCUGUAACUCCCCAGUUAUUGUCCAUGUUACUUAAAUGUACCRUGCUGCACAAGCUUCCUUUUGAAGGUGCCGCUGUGCAGAGCAGACUGUGGAAAUCAGCUUGGCUAAUGCUGAGUAAAUGACCUCCAAAAAAAUGAUCCAUGUGAAUUCCUGAGUGGUGGGUGGCGCUGGGAUGGAGCUGGGGGGCRGUGGCAGCUUUCCCAGUUGGUCAAACACUUGUGGAGAGAUGGGAGAGCACAGGUCAAAGGCCUUCACAUCAGAAUGGAACAACUCAGAUCCACCUCAGUGCAGCGCUCGGGGAUGGGAGUCCUGCAAGCUCCUGCUGUUCUUCAGUGGGAGAGGGCAGGUGAAUCCUCUGUGGAUCCAGGUGUGCUCCGUACUGACUCUUAAAACUUAGAUAGGAUCACUUAGACUUGAAAUGCCAAGAAUAAAUGAACAGUCUGAUGGGAAUUUUUGGGAAGAGGCUUUUGUUCCAUGAGAUCUGGGGGGUCUUUCAGCCUCAGGUGAAAGAGUCUUGGGUUCCUGCAGUUUGGAGAGGCCAUGAGAGACACCCCUGCAGUGCAGGUGGCAGGGGCGGAGAGCUGGGGCAGGUGAAGGGACAGCUCCCAGUUUGCACCUGGGCUAAUUCAUGGUCCCAGAGGUAACAGGCAAUGCGGGAAGUGGGGAAAAGGCAUUAUCACUUUGUGGGAUUUGAGCCCUGGCAGUUCCACUGAGCUGUUAAUGGAGCCUUGGGGGAGGAAUGUCCCAGUCAGCAGACAUGGCCUGGGGGAAGAGCUACUGCUGCUCCACAGGACACAACACCAGGCUUGGGAUCUGCUGAAGCUUCAUAAUUUCCUGUGUCAAUGAGAGCUAAUAAAAAUUCACACAGACUCACAAAUAAACAUAAUMUUUUCAUUGCU